GCCGGAGCCGGCGGCGCGAGGCGGGCGGUCCCGGGACAGCGCAGCGCAGCGGAGCCGCGGCGGGGCCCCCUGCCCUGCCCGAGCCCGGCAUGAGCCCGCGGGGCGCCGGCGGCGGGGGGCUGUGGGCCGCCCCCUUGGCCGCGCUGCUGUCUCUGCCAGGUCUGGUGAGCUCUCUCGAAGUGUCAGUAAGUUCCAGGAGUAUCCAGGUUGCUCGAGGGCAGACAGUAAUCCUGCCCUGCACCUUUACCACUAGCGCUGCCCUCACAAACCUGAAUGUCAUCUGGAUGGUGAUCCCACUCUCCAAUGCCAACCAGCCUGAGCAGGUUAUUCUCUACCAAGGCGGACAGAUCUUUGGUGGUGCACCCCAGUUCUAUGGGCGAGUGGGAUUUGCAGUGACAAUGCCAACCACUAGUGCCUCCAUCUUCAUCAACAACACCCAGCUUUCGGACACUGGCACCUACCAGUGCUUGGUCAACAACCUUCCAGACCGAGGUGGCAGGAACAUUGGAGUGAUUGGACUCACUGUCUUGGUUCCUCCUUCUGCCCCGCUCUGCAGAAUUCAGGGCUCCCUGGAUGUCGGCAGUGAUAUCACCCUGACUUGCAGCUCAGAAGAAGGCAUCCCCCGGCCAACAUACCUCUGGGAGAAGAUGAACAACAUUCCCAAGCUGCCUCCGACAGCCACACAAGACCAAGUUCAGGGCACAGUCACCCUCCGAAAUAUCAGCACUGUGUCAUCAGGUCUUUACCAGUGCGUGGCUUCUAAUGCCAUUGGAACCAGCACCUGCCUUCUAGACCUGCAGGUCAUUGCCCCCCAUCCCCGGAGUAUGGGCCUGAUAGCUGGAGCUGUUGCCGCAGGAGCAGUGGUCCUCAUGAUCUGUAUUGUCUUGGUGGCUGUGGCACUGUUUUAUUGGAAGAACAAACACAAGGAGGAAGAAGAGGAAGAGAUUCCCAAUGAAAUAAGGGAGGAUGACCUGCCACCCAAAUGUUCUUCAACCACAAAAGCGUUCCAUGCUGAUGCAUCCUCUUCAGAGAAUGACACGCUCACCUCAUCCAACACCUACAACAGCCGAUACUGGAAUGAUCCAAAAGCCAACCAUGCCACGGACUCUUUCACCCGCUUCAGCAACAGCAACGAUGUACGCCAGUCCUUCUCCCGUUCUGGAAGCACCAACGUCCGCCCUGUCUAUGCCAAUGGAGGUCACCCCUCUCCAGCUCCAACCAAGACACUGGUGGUGACAGCCAACACGGCACCAUCCCCACAAGAAAUGGCCAGGAGCAAUGGCUCAGUCAGCAGGAAGCAGAGGCCUCAGCAUACGCACUCUUAUGCCGUGAGCCAGGCAACGCUAGAGCGGAUAGGGGCUGUGCCAGUCAUGGUGCCGGCUCAGAGCCGAGCAGGUUCCCUGGUGUAGGAUAUGAGGGUGGGUGUCAGGAAAGCAAGAAACUACUGUAUCAGGUGGGGCCAAGAUCUGGCCAAGAGACCCUCCUCCUCCCUGAAAUGCAAUGAAGGGGGAAGCUCACCUCUCCCUGGUAGCCUCCCCUCUGCCCACUAGACUGUGUAACUUGUCAGUGUGAUGGCCCCUUCCUCACCACUCUGCCCUGGGGCAUGGAUGCUCCUCCAUGCCGGUGGAUCUCACAGAUGUGCCAAGGCCAUGGGGAGGGCCCCAUGGGGUGUCAGCACAGUCACCCGGAUUGCCAGACCCUCGUUGCAAUGCACUUUGGUCUCUAAUCUCUGCCCGAUGUGGGGUUCGGGAGGGUUUAUUUUUUUUCCGUUUUGCUAUUUUAUUUUCAAGAGGACGACAGGCUAGGCAGGGGUCUAUGAGGAGAGCAAGGGAAGGCAGGGGCUUCAGAGGGAGGACACAUCAGCCCUGGAUAGCAUGCCCUCACACCUGCCAUCAGCCUCAGAGGAGAUGGUGGAACCAGGGUGACGACUGAAGAGAACAUGGGCCAUAACAGAUCAAUUGUGAAAGGACAAGGCAGAGACAAAACCACCCACCAGGCCAAGGGGGCGGUGCCAGGGAAUGGCCUUGGAAGUCUUUUUUAAUGAAUUUAUCUCCCUUUCCUCCCUACCCCUUGUCUCCUUCACACUGGACAUUUUCCUGCACUAGCUCGGGAUGCUUCCAGAGCCUCCUUCACCUCCAUGGAAACCACCUCCCUCUAGGCAACUUUCCCUCAGAAGCUGCUUGGAAAGAGGACAUGCUAUGACUGUGGGAUGUUUUUCUUUUUCUUUUCUAGCAGCAUAGGAUUGGGUGGGGUGGGGGAGCAGCAGGCAGCGCCCGAGAAGCUGGCCUUGAAGCUCCCAGUGCUGGUGGGCUGUUCUGUUUGUGGGCACGUGGCUUCAAAUCUCAGAGCUGGGCUUUGCUUUGGCAUUUGCAUGGCAGGUUCUCCCUACAGGGUUGUUUGGGGCUGGCCUGCAUGGCCGCAGCACAGUUUGUGUUAUGCGCAGGGCCCUCAUGUUGAGGCUCCAUAUUUAUUCCUCCCUUACAGGGUAGAGGGUUGGUUUUUAAAGACCUUUCCUUAGAAGGAGUGAAAUCAGGGGCCUAGCAGCCAUGAGGCAUUUGUACUGUCUUUCUGACUCCCACCAGGUGCUCUGGCCAGGUCUCUGUGGCACCUCACACUGGCGGAUGCAUACAGGGCUUGGAUGCCUCUGUGCUGCAACUGCUCACAUACAGCCAGGUUUUUCUCUUGCAACUAAAUAGCCUUAAUCAAAGCUGAGGGUCCAAACUGUUUAAAGGACCUGAUGCCACAAAGGGGCCGGAGUCUGAGGGGCUGGGUCCCAAAACCUCAAGGAGGCUGGUCCGAGUAGCUCCAACUCAGUGGUUGCGUGCGCUUCAUUCAUAUAUGUUCACUCAAGGGGAAUGCCUCCCUCAGAGCUUCCCUUUCCAUUUGGGAAGGGGGAAGGUGGUCCUCACCCCUGAACCCUCUGUGGAAAAGGUGUGGCUGGAAAUCAAUCAUCAACAUCCUUUUAUCCUCCCCAGCAAUGCUUUACCUUCCAUCCCAGCACAGACCCUGCUGGGGGGAAAGGCUUUCUGUCCAGACUGCACCUUUCCUGUCCACGCAGACACGGUGGGGUGAGUCUCCUGGAACGUCUCUUCCAGGAGGAACAUGGAUGUUGUGGGGAGGGCCUCACUGGUUUGAAGCUUGGCUGAGAUUCUGUGCCUUCUUUGCUUAAAAUAGCCGUACAUCCCCACUCCCCUCACAUGCAACUCAGUCCUCAGAGAAUGCAAAUCUCCCAGCGUACCAGGCAGGUGGUGGCCAUGUUUAAUACAUCUUUCACAGAGAGCAGUCUCUUUCCUCAUGCACCGUCUGUCUCUCCCAUCAUGGCUUGGAAGGAGGGAAGCGGAUUGCAAAACCCUAUGUUGAAAAUAGGCCAACAAAUUCUCUCUGCUUUUUUUAACAGCUCCUCCAUGACACUUAAAGGGAUGCUGUCCCUGGCAGCCCCUAGCCAGGGCUGAGGCAGCUCUUCCGAUUAUACUCAUUAUGAGACUGUUUGCUCCCUUUCUUUGUUCUUUCUAAUUGUGUAAAAUUCAAUAAAACUUUAUUCAUAUAAAAGGA